GGCAGAGAACAACAACAAAAAAAAAAAAAACAGAUCCAAAUUCAGCAAAAAAAAGAAAUGGGGAAAUUAAGCGUAGCGGCAGAUAAGCCUUUGAAAGGAAGGUAAGGGAGAGAAUACCUAACAAAGCGAUCUUGUGGUCAGAGAAAAGCUGGCUGAUGGGACCUCUGUAUCAUUUGUUAAAAAUUAUGGAGUAAUUCCAAUGCAAGAAGCUGCAAUCUGCAGAGCAUCACCUAAUAUCUGAAUUAAUUUGUUGCUUCCCCUGUGGGGAUGGUGACCCCCGCAGCUGGGCAGAGGCAGGAAACCCUCCCUGCAGGGACCUGCUGCAGCAGGGGGCUACGGUGAUGGUCCUGGUGCAGGGGAGGGAGCGUGGCUGCAGAAAUGCCUCUGGGAGAGGGACCUGCUCAGUCCCCACUUCUUUUCGAUCCUGGCUGUGUGUCAGGCCAAGCAGCUUUGCACUAUGUAUCCUUGUCCUUCAGGAUGUAGACCAAAUGGAAAAAAAGAAAUCAAGUUGUAUAGGACAACUGAGACUGUUGGUCUUCCCUGACAAGAAUCAGUGACGGCCUGGUGCAAAGCUCUGGGAGUCCCAUUACUGCCCUUCCUUCCAGUUCAUUUAGCUUUUGGUGACCUUCAUGUUGCAUAGCACAAGGCAGCAGGGAUAGCAGAAGCUACUAAAGCACGUAUUUGCCUAGAAACUAUGACCUGGCCGAUGCUGGAAAAAUUGAUGGUGUACUUCUCAUGAGUACAAAGACUAGAGGUUUGAGCAGUCUAAAUAAAGUGGCAUGGUCGUGAACCCACGUGUUGCUUUUCCACAGGGGCACAAGUAUAUUUUUUGGGCUCUCUGCAGAGUGGUGGUACGAGGGAGGGGUGGAGUACUUGACACUGAUGCAGAGGGCCAGGCCGUGGUGCAGAUCAGAGCUCUGCCAGUGGAAGGUCCAAGGGCUGCUCCGCAGUGGUCAUACAGGCAAUUCCACAAGCUAGGGAAGGCUUUGGGAUUGUUUGGAGUUUCAUUUCUAUUUCUUUUUUUUCAUUCUAUUUAUUUUUAUUUUAUCUGAAUUUAAUUUUUUUCCCAACUAAAUUGCAUUUAAGUCAUAUUUAGUUGGAUGUGGCUUAGUAAGGAAACAGUGCUGCUAAGAACAAAAGUAAAAGAGCUGUUUGGCAAAAGGGAAAGCUGGCUGCACACAUACACUUUAUACAAGCCUACUAGGUGUAUCUCUAUCCUGGAAAAAGAUCUAAAUGGAUAGCUUGGGAGCAAGCACUUUUAGAUCGUUCUGAUCUCAGUCUGCACUCCAUAGCUUAUGCUGGCUCUAAUUUAUAGCUAUGAAAGUUUGGGGUGAAUACUGCCUUUUGACUUUGUUCUUUUUAUUUUCCUUUUCAAUCCAAAUAUCUUCUGAUUCUAUUAAACACUAGAAGAAAUGCCCAGACUUUUGAAGAUAUGUUUCUUAUUGAUAUUAAUGAGUCCUGCUGAGAUUACACACAGUCAGAACUCUGCAGAUUUGCCUCCGUUAUUACAAAAAGCUGUGGAGGAAGUAAUAACUGGGAAAUAUCUGAAUGCUCUCCUCGAUAUACUUCAUUUUCAGAGUUCUAAUGCCUGGACAGCAGAUACGCUUACAAAAGUUAUGGCAUAUUUUCAUGCCCAAGAUGUUGUAUUUACUCUUAGCAGCCUGCAGAUGUCCAUACAAAGUUACUUGCAGAACCUUUUAUACCAGCCUAGGCAGCUGCUGUCCGUGUUUCAGCAGCUUGAUCAGCAGCAGUUCCAGACUGCAAUGAAGUACCUCUUCAACAGCAGAAAGGACCGUCUUGAAGUGGGAAAUGUUGUUCUUGAUUGGAAAAACACUAGAGAGAGAAUUUUCCAAAGCCCAGGAGUGAACAGGACCUUUUUUCUUAUAACGCUGGAGAAAUGCUUUCUGGCCCUAAGGGCUAUGGACUGUGUGGAUAUCCUAAGCCAGGUUUUGCAUGUGUCAGCAGUGAACUAUCUCCAACCUGAUGUCAUUGGGAGCCUCCCAAAAGUUCUGCAGGAGGAUGCUUUCAGAAACUUGUCAACAGUAUUCAAGGACCUCUAUGACAAAACCUCAGCAAAUACACAGAAAGCUCUGUAUGGCUGGAUGAGGGAGAUUCUACAAAAAUCAUAUAACAUGAGCGAGUUCAGUGAAUCAGCUUCAUGGGUCAGCGCAGAAAAUUUAUGGAUUUUGGGACGAUACAUGGUCCAUCUGCCUUUAGAAGAAAUUCUGAAAAUUAGUCUCAAUGAAAUAAGACUAUUCAUUAGCUACGACAAUGCAACGAAGCAGUUGGACACGGUGUAUGAUAUCACACCAGAGCUUGCACAAGCUUUCCUGGAAAGAAUAAACUCAUCAGGAUUUGAUAUGAGAAACACUUCAACUAUCUACAGGCUAGGUUUGUUGGUUUGCUUUUAUGAUGACAUGGAACAGAUGGAUGCCUCUGUGGCCCGGGCUUUGCUUCAUCAAAUGAUUAAAUGCAAUCAAUUGAGAGGUUUCCAGGCUGAGGUUCAGAAGCUCAAAUCUCAGCUCCUGAAUAUUGCUAUGCAGAACCAGACUUUGAAUGAUAUCCUUGGAUCACUGUCAGACGCUGUGGUUGGACUGACUUCAGGUCAGCUGGAAUCUUUGUCACCUGAGGCAGUUCAUAAUGCUAUUGCAACACUAAACCAAGUCUCUGGAUGGGCAAAAAGCCAAGUUAUGAUUUUAUCCAGUAAAUACCUCUCUUAUGAAAAGGUUUUAUUUUAUAAUGUUAGUCAAAUGGGUGCAUUGGUAACUGGUAUUAGCACCCAGUCAUUCUACAGGAUGAACCCAAAGGAGCUUUCUCAGGUCAUUCGAGGCACAAUGUCCCAAUACUCGCCAGACUUAUCACCUGCACAACAACAAGGGAUCCUCAGGAAGAUAGCUUCAUCUAGAGAUUUUUCUUCACCAGUCACAGAUAUACAAGGGGCUUUCUUUAGAGAAAUAUCUCUUCCUGAUUUAUGGAAAGAGACUGGAUAUAAUUCUUCAGUGAUGAAAGAAAAAGAACUAAGAAGAAGCCAGGCUUUAUAUCUGUAUGAGUUACUGUCUAAGAAAAGCUCUCCUGUUGACCUCCUAAGCACAGGACAGCUUGUGAAAGGAGUGACUUGCCAGUUGAUUGAAAGUAUGGGCACAGACUUUUUUUUAAGCCAUUUUAAAUUCUUUGAAAAGAACCUUCAUCUGCUUUCUCCAUAUCAGGUUAAUUGUUUGGCUUGGAAAUUUUGGAAAGCCUCCAGUGCAUCCAUUCCUCCCUUCCUCUUGUUGGUGCUGCCGGUUGAGUACCUGGAGUAUGUUUCAGGCCCUCUGUGUGUCACUUUCAUUGAAAGCCUUGGGAAGACUGAGGUGGACCUCUUGAAUCCAAGCCUUCACAAAAAAGACGCUGUCCUGCAGAAAGUGCAGGAGUGCUUGAAUGGUUCCAUUGCUGAUGAAUAUGAUGUUGACCUACUCGGAAAUCUAAUCUGCCACUUACCUCCAACCUUUCUACACGACAGAAUGUCCCUGAAGGCAAUGGCAGCAGCCCUUCAUCAAUUCAAACUCUGCCAACAGCUCAGCCAUGAGCAGAAGACUGAAAUUAAAUACAAACUCCUUGAGUUAUACGGCUCCCCAAAGAACUGGACAGCUGAAACAACAUUAGAUAUUGGACCAUUCAUAGCUGAGUUGUCAAAAAGAGAAUUAAAUGUACUUGCUGAAAAGUUCCAGGAUAUCAUUUUGCAAAUAGCAAAGACAGUAAGACCAAUUUCUUCAGCCAAAGAGCUUCUAUCAACUGUAUUUGAAUCCGUCUCCAAUGCCACUGCCAAUAUUGAACCACCUCUCGUCAGACCAGAUUGCCUUGGAACCAGAGCCCCUUCUUCAGAUGAAGUUAUUAAAUUAGCAGAAGCAAAUGUCUAUUGGUCAGUUCAGGAACUGAAAUGCAUGGAUGCAAGGACUUUUGACAAAAACGUGGAACGUCUUGGGACUGUCUCUGGUUUUAACAGCUCACAGCUUAUGGUGUUGAAGGAAAAAGCCAAGCAGGUUUGGGGAUCGCUGUCAGUCUGGAAGAGUUACCAUAUUGUUUCUCUGGGGCGCAUUGCUCUGGCACUCACUGAAGAUGAAAUUGAAGAGCUGGAUUUACAUCUGAUCGACACCAUUUCUGUUCUGAGUCAGCAAACAGAAUGGACUCAUACCCAAGCAAGAUCUAUUUUGCACAGUUUUCUAGAAGACUCUGGCCAGACAAUGAGUACAUUAAAAAGUUUUGAUUUAGUUGGAUUAGGAGCUAUUCUCUGUGCUCUGAACUCCACAGAAAUCAUGUCCAUAAGGAGUGUUGAAUUCAGUGCUGCUGUUGCAAGAAUUGGCCUGUUGCUGUGUAGCACCCCUGUUCUGAGGCAGUUUAAGAAGAUGGCAGAGUCUGUGUUUGGAUCUGCAACUAGCUGGAAUGGCUCUGUGUUACAGGAGAUUGGUACUAUAGCAGGUGGUUUGAAUGAGGAUGAAUUAAAAGCUUUCGAUAAAAACCUGAUGCCAUAUUUCCAGCCGAUAGCAAUAAGCCACAUACCUGGUGAAAUUUUCCAAGCAUUGUCCCCAGAACAAAUAGCAAACCUGGGCCCUGAAAAUGCUGCCAUGGUUACAGGAUCUCAACGUAAGCAUCUGACUUUAUCACAGCUCCAGAGCCUUCAGCUGGCACUGGAUGGAGCCAGGACAAGCACCCCAGAGGCACCCACCACAGCUUGUGCACACCCAGUGGGGCAGACCCCAGCUCCAGGUGGUGCUCCCUGUUUGGGUGGCUUCAGCAUCUGGUUGUGUGCCAUGUUCAUGCUGUGCGUGCUCUCCUGAAUCUAUCAUUGUUAAGCUUGUGUGUCCUGGAGCUUACAAAGGAGAUGCUAAAGAGCUGCAGCUCAGCACAAAUAGUAGAAUGAAGAGGUUCUCAAAUGUCCGAGUACAACCUGAUUAAUUUCUUAAAAGCAACACCUUCAUCCAUCAUUGUGAUGUGAAGUAUCCCCUUUUCCUUGCUUUACCAUUAAUGAGUAACACAGGAGUUCCCUCCAAGUGCUUCAGAACACAUUUCAAAACUGGAAAUGCCUUAUGUGCAUCAUGAGAAAAAAACUUACGCAGUCCUUUUUAUGUUGACUACUUUGGUCACACUAUUUUAUCCAUCUGUUGGGUUUUCUUUUUAUACCUUGAAUCAUUCCUCAGAACAGAGACUGUCUUUCUGUGUGACAUAGUAGAAACCAUGCUGAAAGUUACUGCUGUUGCAAUAAAAUAAUUUAAUCUCUGGGAUGCUGGUUUAAAUCCUGCUCAGCUAAGAAGUGGUCCUGAGUGAAAUACCUUUCAAACUUUUAUUUGUAUUUCUUUGUGGCAAACAUCACACCUAGCUUCUUAGUACUGAAAGCAGAUUUAAAAUUUUCCUACGGGUGGGGAAGGGAUAGGAUCGGGGCUGGAGGGAAGAGGCUCCCAGCUUCUGGUGCUCCUGGGGAAGAGCGAGUGUUUGCUGUUGCUGCUGGGAAUAACAGCUCCCACCCCAUUCCCAGAUAGUCUGUAAUUCCUGCAGCAGCAGGAGCCAGCCUGAUUUUCAGGGCUCUGUUAUUGGCAAAGGAAGCAGUAAGAGCAUGGCCACUUUUCACCCCCUCCUGUUCCCUCUUGCUCUUUAGCAAUCUGUUCCUCUUUGAACUGCCUUUGCCUAUCUUUAACCCUAGCAAAUAUGAUGUGAUGUUACAAGUACUACUAUGCUGUAUUUUAUGAGCAAAGAACUACUAUUGUUGCAAAUUGCCUUGCAGCCCUUUCUCUAGUGCCAGUGAUAAAAUUCUAGCUUGUUCCCAGUGCGUUUCCUUUUCUGCAUAUAAACAGUAGAUUGCAGCAUUUACUUAAAUAGAAAGAAAUUUGUAUGAUCAAUCCCAGUAAAUACAUGCAAACACCCACCAAAAGCCAAAAAUGCUUCAAUGGAUCCAAUACAUUAUAAAGAUUUAUGUUUUCUCAUCUUAAAAAGUCAUGCCUCAUUUAGAUGUGAAAGUACUAAAAGGUUGUUUCAUUUCUAGAAAUUACUUGACCUGAAUUCUGUGUGUAUUUCAGUGAAGAUGCAGGAGAGUAUUUUCAUAGUCAAGAAGAGAGUCAGUGUUUCCAGUUCAGCUGUGUAAGUCAGAUACGUGACUUAGCUAUAUCAAGCACUUCAAAAAUCCAUAUGAGCUGAAAAUGAUCUUCUGUCAAUGUACCUGGUAGUGAUUCUGUCUGCAAUUAUGUGAGUCAGAGUUCAGCUUUUAAUUGGAGCAGGAGUGAGCUCUUUGCUUUGUGCCAUCUGUGCUGUGAUUCCUUUCAAGCACAAGUGCUCUUAAAUAGCUGAA